CUCCAUACGUCCGAGUCCAGGAAUAAUGGCGACAAGUAUGGUCAUUCCGCCCCGAUUCGUUGAGAAGAACACUUAAACUCACACUGCCCAGGACAGGAACGCAUGCGCGAUCGCAUGCGCGGGGCAGGGUGAGGCGGCCCAACAAUCAGCCGCAAUGAUAAUAACCCCCCGUUGACCGCAGAGCAGGAGACACAAUGUUGGAGAUAUCGAUUUCGGUUUCAUCAUUCCCGUCGCUGAAGAGCCCGCGGCAGAGAUUGCUGAAGAACCCGAAGAGCAACAGCCCGAGACAGCAGCAGCAGCAGCAGCAGCGCCAACGAGGCCCGCUGUCAAGCAUAAUCUCCGCCACGAAACGCCUCUCUUUCGACCCCUCCCCGUCCCCUCCUCCGCCAGAGCGAACCACACCUACCGCCCGAAGGCAGACCCGGCAGACCCAUCAACAGCAACAACAGCAAUUUCCCGAGGAGAUGGAGGUCACCGAAAGCCCCGCCGACGCCCCGGGCAGCGGCCGGCGGCGCCCGCUCCGGCUGGGCGCCGGCACGCCCGUCGUGGGGUCGAGCACCCUGCUGCAGAAGGUGGUGGACCACGCGGGCGGGGAAGGGGGGGAGGACCAGUCGGAGCUGCACCCGCACCAAUUGGGGAACUCGUCGCCUAUCGAGAGGCGGGUGGCGACCAGGGGGAGAACGAAGGGCAGGAGAGUCGGGGUGGAGAGGAGGGCGGCUGCUGCUGCUGCUGCUACUGCUACUGCUGCUGGGGAUGGUGGUGCUACUACUGAUGCUGCUGUGAGCCCUAGCGCUGGGCGGGGCGCUGGGCGGUCGGCCAUGCCGGGCUUUGGGGGGCUGCUCGGGAAGCCGGCACAAAUUAAGCAGCCGUUGGCCAGAGGCCAGAGUUCAUCCGGUCCGAUGGAAGAGGAGGGGAGAGAAGAAGAGGCGGCGGCAGCGGAGGAGGAUGAUGAGGAUGAGGAGGAGGAGGAGGAGGAUAAUAUUGUGGAAGAUUCGCUGAAUCGGUCCGAGGACGGUGAGGAGCAGGGAGUUCAAGAGGAGGAGGACCAGCAAGAGGAGGGCGCGCAGGAAAUCGGUGACAGGGAGGCUGCCCAGCUGUUGGGGAGAAAACGUCCCCGUCGAAGUUUGCCUGCACCCUCGCCCGAGCUGGGCUCCGGCGCAGCCGAGGAGUCACCGUUACCGAAACGGCGUCGCAGAAGAGAGGCGGACAGUCCCGCCCAGCAACAGCAACCCGUCAGGAAAGCGCGGGUAGGCAGGCCGGCCAAGCCGUCGCGACAACAGCAUCCGCCGUCAUCGCCUUCACAGCAGCCGGAACCCGAGACACAGGCCCAGCCGAAGCCGAGACGACAGCCCAAGGCGAAAAAGCAGCCGAGGAAACCCAGGGCCGCCGAAGACGGAGACGGAGAUGGAGACGGAGACGGAGACGACGAGGGACCCUCUGGCUCCGUCGCCGUCACGGUUCAGCGCUUCCGCAAACCGCAAGGGGCUGGUGACGCUGCUGCUGAGUCCGACGACGAGCCCGGCGCGAAGGCCCUCCGCGGCGAUAUACCUUUUGCAAACCGGGGUGGCGUGAACGCAGUCGACGUGCUCUCCACGCUCUGCGAAGAGCUCAUCGAGGCGUACAUGGGCAAGCUCGAGGAGCGCGGGAGGGCGGCCGAGGACGCGGCGACCAGGAGGGAGCAGAAGACCAUGUACCGGGCGCUGGAGGCGUUCCGGGAGGAGCUGAGGACCAGGCUCCUGGAGCACACAAUCGCACUAGACACCCUGCAUGCGCUCCGGAAGAGGGUGCGCGCGGCGCAAAAGGAGAGGCUCGCCUUGCGGGACGAGAUUCUGCGCAUCCGCGCCGAGAGGGAGCAGGUGGCCCUGCGGAUGGACGCGAUACGGAUCCGGCAUGAGGCUACCAGCAAAAAGGCUUUGCGGCACAUGUCGCUCUCGUCGGCGAUGCACGACAUCGACAUGGCAGUGGAAAAGGGACUGGCGGCGCCCGAGCUAUCCCCAGCCGAGCAGAAAAAGGCGGAUCUGGCCAAUCUGGAGUUGCUCAUCAGCCGAGUAGCAGACCAGGCAUGUACAAAAAGCGACGGUGGGGGGGCCCUAAAGCAGAUCAAGGAGUUCAACGGCUUCCUUGAACGGGCCGCAGCUGUGUUAGAGCGCAGGUAGCCUCGCAGCGAAACGACAUGAGGAUCCCAAAAAAACAAAUUCCAUCUGAUGCCCUGUAUACCUGAUACGUAUGAACAUCAU